CUGGUGCUGAGACAUUAAACAGUAAUUCAUAAUUGUGAUAUUGAGAUUGCUGCUCUCUCUCCAAUUUAGUCGAUAGUGUGUGCCAGAGCACGAUUGUUAAUUUAUUUCCUGCUGGAUACUACACUUCCUUAAAUAGUGAUUUACUCUGAGCUGUUUAUCGGUUACCGUGGUGAUGCUUAUGGACAUCUAUCACUGGGCACCCCAUUGCUGGCCUGUCUGGAUAAACAUUGUAAUAUGAUUUGAAUGCAGUGAAAUUUUACUGUGUGUUCACAACAGUAUCAUAAAGGCUGAUGAGGUGACAUAUGGGAGACUGGUUGUACACCUAAGAGGAUACACUGUGUAUACUUACUGUCUUCUGUGGUAGAUAAGGGAUAGUUGAUGUAUCUCAUCUAGACUGCUUGUAUUGAACUUUGGUUUACAAAGUGGAUCAUGACGUGGACAUGGGUACUUGUGUGUGGUGUGUUGAUGUUUGCGGUCAUCAUUCCUGAGGCUCAAGGAUUUUUUGGCAUGAGAAAAGGAGGUUCUGCUAGGAAUAAAAGGUCACUGGGAGAGAAAGGAGAGCUCUACUUCUACGGCGGGAACCUUGUGGGCAUAGGGACAAUGGUGAUAGGUGUCUGUGAUGCCUCCAAAUGUGAUAUUUGUAACAAUAAGGCUACGUCUACAUCAAAAACUGAGAAUUCCAUCAGUGAUUCUCUUUUUAUAAUUCAUGCCAAUGGCAAUACAACUGCCCCCAAAAGAAUAAACAAUACACAAAAAAUGUCUUUAAGUGCUAUUAAAUUUACAAUACCUAGAGUGCAUCGAAGUCAGUUUGGUCGGUAUAUCUGCUACUAUCAGUUUGGUGGGGAGGCAGUCCUGAUCAGCACCAGGACAUUAUAUGUCGAUGAGCCGAUAGUACUCGGUCUUGGUGCUGGGGGGAGAAGUGGCGAUAGGACCUCACCCAUAAUUGCUGGGACAACAGUCUAUGGCAUUUGUAAUGCUACAGGCAUUUCAACUAAAUCUCUCAAAUCCAAUCAUCACUUUCCUGCCAUUUAUCGUGUUAUUUAUUACAAUUCAACUCGACAAGAACUAAAAAUUCCUGAGAAACAGAUAAAAAUCAAGCCAGUUUCUCAAGACGUGAUUGGGUUUGAAAUGGCUCAUGUGAAGAAGAGUCAAUGUUGUGGCUAUAUAUGUCGCUACGGCCCCCUCUACACCGGCGUCCUGAUCAGUACAGUGUGGUUACAAGUUGGCGAGAAGCCGAUGAAACCAUUUCUAAACUUAACAAACCAGGAUGCUGUUCUCGUCUACAACUGGGAGAAUUUGACCAUCAUUAUAUCUCCCACGAUUGACCAACAGAAUGCAUACACUCAUGAUCCGCGAGACACUGAUGUGCGUCUGCUGACAAAAUGCCAGAUCUGGUUUAAUUGGAGUGUUGCUGUGACUGGUAAAAGGUGCAGCAACAGUAUGCCGUUUACAAAAUGUGACAUGGACACUUCAACAAAUACGUGUAAGGUUCCUCGGAAGGUUUAUCGAGAUUUAAGUGGCAGAAAACCACCGAACUACACGUGCAUCAAGGCUGAAUGCUGGAAUGACGCAUUUGGGAACUCGUCAGCUGUGUACAGGGUUGACCUGGCUCAAAGAGUGAGGCCUGCUCCAGUGCCAUCAAUCACAGCAGCUAUUGUUAAUAGUAGAACAGUUAAAUCAUCUUGGAAGCCCGAUAAAAAAUGGCGCAUGUUUGGAGGACAAGUUCUCUACGACAUUGAAUUUAAUGCAAAGCAAUUUCAGCAUCAGCUUACCUUCAUGAAGUUGAACACAACCUCGCUGAUGGUGUCAGACCUGAUCCCUCAUGGCGAGUAUAAUGUUCAAAUCACCGCCAGCCCAAAAUAUGCCGGCUUUGAAAGUGAUCCGACCGCUUCAACCGUGAUCAUGCCUCCUGAUGUCCCAGCAGAGAAUCCUCAGCUCAUCGCGACUGAUAUUGAGCAGUAUGGUGGCGGUGAAAAGAAGGUCACUCUCUUCUGGAAGAAAAUCCCUGAAAUAAAACGCAAUGGUGACAUUACGAUAAAAGUGAGCGUUGUUACCACCGACACGGCGGGUGUACAAAAACGGUCAUUACCCGAGCCGGACCAACUCCCAGCCGAUCAGAUCAUGUACAGUUAUGUGCUCAAGGAUGACAAGUCCUACGUCAUCAAACUAGAAACCAUGUCCACAUCCCUGGGAAGGAAUACUUCUCUUGAACCGACAACUGUACAAAUGGAGAGAGACCAUGAACUUUCAGCUCCAUUCGUCUUUGUGGAAGCCAUCAGGGAUCAGAAUGAUGAUUACGUCAACGUUACCUGGGAGAUUCCUAGUGAGAUGGAUGGCGAAGAUGUCCUCAUCAUAUAUUGUGAGGAAGGACAGGAUAAAGAAUGUAGCAAAAUGUCUCCACUGAAGACAUUAACCGUACCUGCAACCAAGCGCUUGGUGCGUGUUGAUAAUGGCAACAUCUACAAGAUAGGCCUGGUUCGACCAACACCUGGUAAACCGGGCCUCGUCAAGUGGAGUCGAUGUAUUUACAGACAAAAUGAAGUGCCAACUGUACCACCAAAUUUGAAUCUGAGACCCGAACCCAAAAAGGUCCAGGUGCAAGUCGACGAGUAUCCUUGUGAAGUAACCCUAGCGAAAGUCGUCCGCGUUGAAGGCAUGCUUUGUCGGACAUCGAACCAAGUCACUUGUUCAGGUGAAAGUCGAUCGAUCAACAUCAGCGAAGGCGAGUUCAGCCAACCCCACUUCUACCCUGUUGAUCAUCCUGGCUCACAUUAUAUGGUCCAAGCCCAGGCUGUCAGCAGUUCAGGUGGCAGGAGCCCUGAAUGGACGGAUGGUUUCGUUGCUCCUUCUGAUAAUCAAACAGAUGCCGGAGUUAUUGUGGGUGUUGGCGUAGGCUGCCUUGUCGUCUUGGUGCUCGUGGUUGCUAUCAUUUUUGGCUAUAGAAGAUAUAAAAAGACAAAGGAAGCAGUAAAAAUGAAACGAACUCCAGCUGUAAAGGUUGACCUUCACGAAGAUGAAAGCGCUCAAUGUGACCAAUUUGCUGGUUUACCUCGAGAAAAUCCCUAUGAGCCUCUUAUGGAUCAAAAGCUGAGUCCGGCGCUGAGGAAUCCAGAUCACAACGAGGCACCUCCCCCAUUGCCACCCAGAGAUAUGAACCUGAGUAACUCUUCCAACACCAGUGGGGGUGCCACUGGUUCCAAUGGAUUCCACUCGGGAGCCAUGGCCACUGGUGAGGAGUCUGGUGAUGAGGAGACGGGGGGAAUGAGUUCGGAGUCUGCCAUGGAUUCCAGCGGUUGUUACGCUCCUGGAGUCGUCCAGAUCAAGAUUUCACCAAAUGAGAUGAAGAAACGGGAAAUCCCGAUGUCUGUUUUUAAGAACGAUAGUGCGUGCAGUGAGCCAUCAGGUUCGAGGGAGGAUGAUAUCUCCGUUCCUGUUGAUGUGAAAGAUGACAGUAGCAGAGGUCAUCCUCCAUGCUUAAUACCAGACGAAGCAGAGACUGAAUUCAAUUCAAGAGAGAGUUUUGAUGCGAACACGUCAAGAGACACGGAUGAGCUGGGAAGUACCAGUGCUGUUGGUAGUUCAAGGGAUUAUGCACAGGUGGCACUAGCUGAUCAGCCUCCCCCUUCUGUCUUGCCUGCAAUCCAAGAUGACUUUGCCAUUGAUUUUGCCCCUAAUGCUCAUGCUGGGCCUACCCAGGGGGAGAAAUCUACUCCCGAGAAUGUGGUCGAAGAACAAAGGUACCGCUCAUGUGGACCCCGUGGCCUCUUUUCAUAACUUGUGCAAUAUUCUUAGUGAAAUAGUGUUUGUGUGAUCUGAAUGGCAAGCAGACAUCGGCAGGGUCCCAGCAGGACCAGCAGUGAAAUUCCGAUCUACUUACUCUUUAUCUUUAGUUCAUAGACAUGAUUGUGGUCAGGUGACGAGAGCCAUCACAUAUGUUUUGUAAGUUCUGAGGCAGCAAAUCUCGGAGACACUCUCCAAGUUCUCGAAAACUGACUGAUUGAUCGACAUCGUUUCGGUUUAUUGGUGAAAUUUGUAUUUAAUUAUUUUUCUAUUGAUUUAGUAUAACUGUGCUAUAGUCAUACUUAUCACCUUCAGAUUUUGAGUGUCCAAACUCAGUGUGCAUUCCUGCCUUAUGUGGUCAGGUUAACUGUAUUGCAAAUAAAAAACGAUUGCAUCUACUUGGUCUGAGAAAAGUGAAAUAUGAUUUGGGUGAAAGGGCCUUUGAAUCUUAAGACAAGGUUAUAAAAGUUGUUGUGAUUUGUAUGUAGAGUUUCUGGUGUAUGUUAAACAUGUCCCUACAGAAACAAUGUAAGAUUAAACUUGGCCUUUCACCAAGUCUAUUUGAACCAGUGAUGAAAUAGGAUGGGCCUACCUCAUCUUGGUGAGUUAUUUGUUACUUGACAUAUAUCAUUAGCACACUUUUAAAGUCGGUGCAAAUCUAAGUCAAUUCAUAUACCUUACGGCUGUAAAUUAGCCGUACAUCAAAGACUUGUGUGAAGAAAGUGUGUUGAGGAAUAUGUGUGUUCUUGACUUGGUGACUGGCCUAAACUGUUCAUUCUUUCCCUUACCAGGAUUAAAAAAGGUAUUAGUGAAUACUCGGUGAUAUGGAUAAAGACAAGUAAAAGCUUUUUACUGUGGAAAAAGCUUAGUGUAAAUGUACGUAAACAGACUUAGUCUUCAUUCAUAGCAUCCAUUUGGCAUAUUUGUCAGAUGUGUUGUGAUGUCAAUUCAGUAUCACUGCUUCUGCUUGUUGCAGUAGGUGUGAUACAAUGGGGGAUAGGGGAGGGGUUAUUGUUAAAAAGAAACUAACACAGUAUAUUUUAGCCUGUCCGACAAUUUCAUUUGACAGGUUACAGGUAUAAUAUCUCAUAUUUAUAGGCUGACCAGUGAAAACCCUUUCCCAUAGCACCCUGCAUAAUAGCCACAAAACCAAACUUGGAAUGAAACUAAUAUGGGUAUUAUGGCCAUGUCUCUCUGAAGAGUGGAUAACGUAGAUAACAUCCAGUAGCAAUAUUGGUCGCCUUGAUAUAUAUCGCUGUAAAUGCUGCCAUGUGUGAAGUUUGUAACCUUUUAUGAUUCCAUCCUACAUGUAUUAGGAACACUUUCAAAACGUACUGUGGUGAAGCAGUUGAGCCAGUCUGACGUUACACACAGGCUUAUCACAUGUGAAGUAGGCCUUUGUACAGCUGCCCCUUCACAGGCUUAAUUGUGUCGACACAGUAUAUGGUUUUGAUGGUUAUGAACUUUUACAGUAUAAGCCUACUUCUACAUCAUUGCCAAGAGUUCAUGCAGGUUUUUAGCAGCCCUCUCCCUUUUCCUUGAAGAGGGUGAAAGAGUUAAAAACCUGCAACAAUCAUGACUCAGUAUCUCAUCAAAGCACACAGGAGCUAGGGACAGGUGUUCAUGUUACAUUGGGUCCAUUUCUUGUAGAGUUUGUGAUAGCAUGAUUAUUAGUUCCAGUGUAAUAUUUCUAGUUGUGCUAAUUGAUGUUUGAUGCUGCUAUCAUGAAGAGUAAUUUUGAGACGAAAUUUGUUUUACCAUGACUUGAUAAAGUUUGAUAUAAUCAUGUGCAGCUCGAAAAAGUGGGCCAUUUUCAAAAAGUCCACAUUACUUUUUAUCGUGAACAUUUAUUGAUUUACUGGAUACAUUCAUUAGCUGCUGGAGAAAGUGGUUAGCAUAGUCACAGACAUGUGAAGGCUCAAUCCAGACCCAAACCUCUACAGAAGUAUAAACGCAUCUGUAGUGGGCUUCAAGUUCUAUGGAGUAUCUUGUUUUAUAUUGAUAACUUGUUUUUAUGCAAACUUUAUGUUGACAAAAGUGUUUUGUUUUGUAAAAAGCUGGACUUGACAUCUCUUUCAUUAUCUGGGGCUCGAAAACAAGUGACAGCAGUGGUAUCAUAUACAAACAAGCCCAUUAUAGAAACAUCUUUUGAGCAUUAAUACAUAUUGACAUUCGGUCAACUACAGGGAGACCUUAAAGCUUGGGUAAGUUAGGAUUUUCAGAAAAAUGCUUUCGUUUUAAAUUUCAAGCCAUUGUACAUUGUGGUUUUUAAGAAAAAUUUCGAUAUUAAACUCU